GUUGAACUUUCAACGAGGUAUGUUUUUUUACUCAGGUAAGGCAACUGCCUCAUAAACUCUGGUAUAUCUCUACAAUAUGGACAAGUCGAUUGAGAAGGGAGUGGUGUCCAUUCCCUUACUUAACAUUUUAAAAGGCAUAGAUACCUGCAGGCACCUAUGCUCCAAAGCCAAGGUACGGCUUGAAGGCCGGGCCCGUUUGUCUUUACCGUUACUUAACCAUCCCAUGCAAAAGAACACGUCAGAACGCCAAGCCACACAGAAGGCAGGCCGCCGCCGCCAGUGCUGUCUGCGCCGGACGAGCCGCAUCAGCACCCGCGCUACUGGUCGAUGUAGCAACUCUCGCAGAACUCGUCGUCGUUGGCGUCGGCGGCGUCGUAGCCAAGCUCGUCACGGAGCGAGAGAUGUUGCUGGCGACGUCGGCAUCGAUCCUGACAGAACAUGGGCUCGGGGAUCUGCCCGCGUCCUCGGCGUCUACGGCCAGGAUGGGACAGAGCGGCGCCGCCAGGUCGGGCACAAUGUCGAUGGUGGCGGUGAGCCCCGGGCAGCCGCGCUCUCCCUGUCCCUCGAGCGGGAUGUCGGGGGCUUUACCCUGCCCGCCGUCGAGCCAACCCCGGCCAGCAGCUUCUUUGUCGGCUUCCCAGUCCCGGCCAGGCUGUCGUUUAGCGUCACGAAGAGGUAGCCGCCGCCGUCGACGGCCGUCUGUUUGGCGAUGCUGCCGUUGGCGUAUUAUAUAAUGGAGAAGACGAUGGUGAAGUUGCCAAUGGUCUGUGCCGCCGUCACGUUCUGCACCGCCACCACCACGGGGAACAUGUCCGACGGUUUGUACGUCCCGUUGCGCGGGAACACAACGUCGAGCUCAAAGUGCGGCUAGGGCAACUGCGCGGCGGCGGUAGCUACUACUGCUAGGACAGUGAUCGCUAUCUGGAAUAGGUACAUCAUGAUGCGCUAGUGUGUUUUUUUACUCUCUUGUUCUCUUUCUCUUUCUUUCCUUGGCCGCGGACGAAAUGGCGCCGCGGGUUGGUGUUGGAAAGCAAGAGGGGAAGAAGCAGCAAGGUAGACAGAACUACAUGGCUCUGAAGAUCACCAAAGGCC